AUGAAGUCCCUAUUGCUCACUCUUGCACUCUUUAUGCUCCUGGUCCAGUUGGUCUCAGGUAAUUGGUAUGUGAGAAAGUGUGGAAACAAAAUUGGAAAUUGCAGGAAGAAGUGCAGAAGUGGAGAGGUGGAGAUAGAUCCUCCUACUGGGAUGUGCAGCAAAGAAAAAAUGUGCUGUAUUCUGUCUGGCAAAGAGCUUAAUCCUGCUAUCUGUGGUGAAAACGCAAAGGCCACACAUGCACCAGGAGCUUCAGGAGUAGGGACUUCACCAGCAGUGUCAGGAGAAGGGACUCUGGAAGCAAGUACUACUGGUGCUGAACAUUAG